ACGAGCCUCCGCAACUGGCUCGUGCUAGGAAGCCCAUAGACAAAAUGGCCAAGUUUAUCACGCAAGAGACCUUCGACGAAGUUGUCAAGGAGAACAUGGAGGAUUUCGAUAUGGACAGAGAGAGUGCGGCGAGGGAUGCAGUGGCCCAGUUCAACGCUCAAGGAGCUGAUCUAUCCAACGUCGACACGUCAGCCGACGGUGUCCGUAAGGACGCAAGGGCCGCCAUCAAAGACCACGUGUAUAGGCUGCGUGGGUUUGACUUGAACGACAGGGGGAAGGGGGAGGGGGUUCCUAAGAGCGGCUGCCUGGAGGCGUUGUCUUCGGUAGGCAACAUGUGCCGGGAAGAAGGGGCCGCGGGGGAGUCCAACAGGACGGCAGUGGGAGAGGCCGGCGGAGUCGGGGCGAUUGCCCGUUUUUUGGGAGGGUACGCGGACGAAUCGCCCCCGAGCAGCGUGGUCCUCGCUGCCCUUAACACGCUGCAAGAUGUGUGCCGAAACUCGGAGAGAAAUCGCGACGCGUUCAUCUACACGAACAUGGACCAGCUGACAUCACUACUUGUGCGGUGGACGAACACGCCAGCACCACACACCGGCAGCCGUAGCACGAACGGCCCAGGCGAUGGCGCCGUAGGCGAUAGCGACGCCAACGUGGAGGGAACCGUCGAGCCUGAGCCCAUCUCCGGAGAUGCGGAAUCGAUAGACAAAGACAAAGACCAAGACAAGGCGUUGCUUGUGGCGGCCGGGCUGAAGACCGUGAGGAUCGUUUGCACCAAGGCGGAGAACAACAAGGGCUCCUUCAUGAGGCGUAAAGGGGCCGACGUUCUCGUGGAAACCUUGAGGCACUACGGUACCGGGGAGGGCAGGGACGCCACCGUCACCAGGGAGGCGUGUGCGGCGCUGCGAUCGGUUACCUUGGGAGACGACCGACGGAAAGACUUUUCAGGCACCUACGACAACGUCAAGGCUCUCGUGUCCGCUGGAGCCAUACCGCUCCUGCUGGAGGCCGCGAGAGCUUCCGAGGAGGACCCGACCACGCUGUCCCCCGUGUUCCUGGCCCUCAAACAGCUCGCGGCCAAUGACGAGAGCGUCAAGCUGAUAGUGGGAAACGGGGGGCUAGACAUCGUGAGCGGGGCUGUCGUGGCCUUUCCGCAGGAGGCGGUGGUGUGCCGCACGGCUCUGUCGCUGUUCCGAAACAUAUCGGCGAACGAUGAUCUCAAGACGAGACUGCUUCACGAGGGAGGGCUGAAGCUCGUGCUCGGAUGCAUGGCACAGCACCAGAACGAUAAAACCCUGCAGGAACACGGGUGCGCCACCAUGGCAGCAAUGUCUCUUCGGUCUCCUCCCAACGGAGCGCAGAUCGUACGAGAGGGAGGGAUUACCGCGGUGGUACAGGCCAUGCGAAGAUAUCCGACCGUGCAGCCGCUGCAGAGACAGGCUUGUCUGUGCAUCCGAAACAUUGCCGCCAGAGGGCCGUCGCUGCGCACCCCCAUGCUGGACGAAGGGUGUGAGCCGGUGUUGAGGGAGGCUGGGAAGCUCAGGGGCUGCGUGGACGAGGCGUACGGUGCUCUACGCGACCUUCAGUGCGAGGUUGGGCUGGUGACGAUGGGAGAGAGCGGGAAGGUCCAAAUCGGCGUGACGGCAUUCGGAGAAGAGAAACCAAACUUCAACCCCUCGCUCCAAGAAACGAAAGAUCUGGGGGAGAGGAUAGAGGGCUCCGCAACUGCUCCGGCGCACUCGGGUCACCGGCUCUAAUCUCCUUGUUUACCGCGGUAUUUGGGUUAUUUGCCAUUGGCAGCUCUCCUAAGGGCGGUGUUUGGCAACGAGUAGGGGACAGGGUGGGAUUUUCUUUCUUUUUUUCUCACGGGGGACGGUGUAGAGACUACGACCCGUGAAUACCCGACCCCAACUUAUUCAUCGGCAAGAAAUAUGGGUACGAUGCCAAGCUGGAAAUUCCUCAUCGCGCCUCGCGCUGCUAAUGAACAACACGUUCCACAGAUACAUUUAGAUGUACUAUUUUUUUAGAUGCCGUGUUAUCCUCUUGCCCGGGGUAGACGUGCAUGCCGUGUCGUUAGACCAUUGAUCUCGCAUCCUUAAAAAGACGGGACGGAGCACGCCGGGUUCUCACCGGACCAGGCCCUCACAUCACCAAGGGGGUGGAGGGGGGCGCGUAUUUCUGCGGAAGGCAAAAUUUCUGUUUGGAACGAUGAACAGGACCACCUGCCGUCAUGAUGGCGUGAUUGUCACCUCAGGAUCCUUAGGUGGGUGUGGUGACGGCUAUAGUUGGUUGCCGAAUUCGAGUCAUUUUCAUUUACAGACGUAAGCAGCCCCCCACUCUGUUUUUCGGCGUUGCUUUUAUGGGGUCUUCGAGGAGAUGCUGACUUCAAACACCUCUCACGCGGCCAGUGUUUACAUCAAAUCAAGCACACGUGGAAGUGGUUGGCAAAGUCUCAACCCGCACGAUGCGGUAUUGUAGUGAGCGCGAACAAUAGGCGAAACGGAAUGGAACGUUCGGUCAGCCAGAGCUGGACGCGA